AUGUCACACCACUUGGCGAAUGUAGGACGUGCGUCUGAAGAAUGGGAGCGAGUCAAGGAUGUAAUCCAUGAUCUGUACCUUCGUGACAAUUGCCUCCUUGAGGGACCUGACGGCCUGAUCGAACGGAUGGAGAAAGAACAUGGGUUUGUCAAGUCUAAAGCUCAGUAUGCCAAACAGCUAAGCAAAUGGGGAUUUACCAAACGAACAUACCACAAAGGUAUUUCGAAGAGGAACUGGCAGGAUAUCAACCUCAAGGUUGAGCAAACGAGGAAGAGGCACAGGAGUCUCGCGAAGAACGAGAGAAAAGAAGUCACGGCGUACCUUCUGGAUGAACCGAUUACAGACAAGGUGCUCCGGACGCAAGGGUAUCUGCCGAGCUCUGAAGCGGCAAGUCGUGGAGCCGCAUCGCCUCAGACUCCUUUAGGGUUCGAUCUUGUCGUUCGGACACCUUCACCGAGUGAGGGUUAUAAUCUACCAUUCAUUGACCUCUGGAAGGUGUUGAGAAUACACGCAGCACAACAUUCUCUAUUCCCCGAAACAACAAAGCACCUAACCAUAGGCGCCAAGUAUGCACCUCAGGAAGUCGACCUCGAAGAUGGGAUGAAGCGCUUGAUCUAUGUACUUUCGAACCACCACCUUCAGGACCACAUGAGAGAGGUGGACAAGCAAUUCUUCCUCGACGUUUUGACAGACAUAGAUUUAACUCGUUUCUUCACUUUUCCUUCUGUGGCAAGCCAUCCCAGCUUCAAGGCUCUACUCGAAUCUAUCUUCCAACUCGCUAUGGAGGUUGAAGAUGUUGAAAUCGUCAAAUGGCUGUUAGAGAACGGUAUCGAUCCGAAUAUCAAACGUCUCUGGGAUUCUGAGAAACCAGUCACCCCAAUGGAAUACGCCCUCGAUCAUGGGAUGUUUGAUAUGGCUCGGCUGCUCAUCCGUAAGCGCGCAAGGAUCAAUGUGGACCGUGGUAGUUACAUGUACGGAAAUUGUACUGGCGCUAUCGCCCUUGCGAUUUCCGGCUGGUCUCGAAAGUGUUCAUGGGGCGACAGAUGGUUUCGAAUUGGUUUCUUGGGGGUCGGAUGGCCUCAAGAGCUUUCGGGUGACAUCGAAAGUCUUUGCCAAUUUUUCAAGGAGCUUGUGGCUGCGGGUGCCAAAGUCAGCAUGCAAGAACUAGACAUCACUCCGCCCGACGACAUAAUCCAUCUCGGUCCCGAAGACUCUCAUUCACCGCUCACCAUUGCCUCGAAGAAAGGAUUCUUCCGAACAGAUACUGCGACAUCACACAUGGCAGUCACAGGAGCGAUUCACAAGGCGAUUGUCAUGAAAGAUCAUCCACGAGCAAGGGAUCUAAUCAGAAAAGGCUAUGGUGUCAACGACAUCGUAGAUGACAUCGUUCCAGAAACAGCCCUCUCUGCCGCAAUCAGAUCGGGCGAUCGAGAUCUCGUCGAUGAGCUAGUCGACAAUGGCGCCAAGUUCGAAAUCGAGGCUGGGCAAUGUUGCUGUGGCCACUCGAGCCAGAUCAAUGUUCUCAACGUUGCGGUGAAGUACGGUGACGAAGAGCUAAUACGCGAUUUGGUCUCAAAGGGCGCAAAGUUGACAUGCUAUGGCUUGUCUUACAGCGCCUUCAGUAAUGAGUCUCUUAAAAGACUUACCAUAACCGCGCCGGCAAGCCUUCAGGAUCACUACCAGCACAUUUGCGACUGUGGCUGUGUCAGCCCUCUUACCGAGUACCUUUACUAUGGUGACGACAUUCAACGUGUUCAGAUGUUGCUCCGUCUGGGUGCGACUCCAGACCAUCCUUCACCGCAAGCUCCUCAGGGCCCUUGCCAUGUCUCGCCUCUAGUGGCUUUACUUAUGUCCAAUCAGUGUGAUAAGCGUUUCAGACCUCUGGCCACCGAGUUGCUUUUAAGUGCGGGGGCAAAUCCGUUUGAUGCGCAUGCUCUCAUGACGAUGGGGUCUGACGGGUUAUUGCCGAAUGAAAGAGAAGCAGCUGAGAUUCUCUUGAGGAGGAUUCUUUCUCUACCUGCGCCAUCCACACUUACUCCGGAAGUGACACUUGCUGAGACUGCAGCUCUCAUUGGCGCAGUUCAAAUCAUGAAUAUUGACUUUGUCAAGGCAAUCCUUGAACGAAGAGCUGCAUCCAAAGAGGUCUGCCCCUCGCCUAUCACAGUAGCACUUGAAACGGGGGAGUCAGCAUGUGUUGAAAUUGUAUCGACUCUUAUCCAGGCUGGGUACAUCCCACACUUCCGGGGAGGCAGACAAGGUACAAUAUUCGAAACACUUGAACACAGGAAGGACAAAGAUGAAGUCCUCAGAAUUCUUAUCGAUGGGGGACUACAAAUACGCCCUCAAGAUUGUGAAGGACUGGACGAUCCUCCAUUCAUGGUUGCUGCCCGAGAACCAUCUUCUCGACUCCUUCGAUGUCUCUUUGACUUCAAGCUUCAGCCGACCGACGACCAGAUGCGUAUGUACUACCGUGCUGAAAAGAAAGCUCUGGGCCAACGCAUGCCAGAGGUUAUUUUCACCAACACUGUCUUGCAGGUUGCUGCAUUUCGGGGUCACGUCAAGGUCGUUCAUCUUCUCCUUGAACAUGGAGUGGACGUCAACGCCGCAGGAAGCCCAGAUAACGGUGCAACUGCACUACAGUUUGCUCUGAUAGACGAGCAUUUCGAUGUUGCGGAACUUCUGAUCAAACACGGUGCGGACGUCAAUGCACCACCUGCCUCGGUCAAUGGAUCGACUUGUCUCCAGAUUGUUGCGCAGCAAGGAAACCUAGGAUGGGUUAAGAAGCUGGUCAGGCAGGGGGCAGCAGUCAAUGCCAUGCCUUUGCGAGGGUAUAAGUUCAUAGGCACUGCGCUGCAGUAUGCCGCGCAGAAUGGAUGCCUCAAGAUGGUACGAUAUCUCGUCGAACACGACGCCGAUGUCAAUCAAGAGCCGGCCUCGCGGGCGGGCGCCACGGCUCUGCAAUAUGCCGCUAUGCAUGGUUUUAUUGCAAUUGCGCAGUAUCUACUUCGCCACGGUGCCAACAUAUUGGCAUCGCCGGCGAAGACAGAAGGGAGAACAGCACUCGAGGGCGCUUCUGAGCACGGCCGGGUCGAUAUGGUUUCUUUAUUACUGCACCACAUACAUGAGCUUCCACACGGCAUCGAACCGCGCCAAGUCAUCGGCAAAGCGCGGGACUUGGCAGAGAACAACGGCCAUUAUGCUAUCCGGGAUAUGCUCGUGGAACACUUUGACAACCCCGAGCCUGCGGAAGAACGCAGUCAUUUUGAGGACGUUGAUAUGACUGAAGGUAUCGACUAUGAUUUUGGAGGUCUUCGUGAUAUUGUCGAGGUGCCAGAUGGGUUUUUUGACUUGGAUGAUUACUUCGCUUCCCUACAUGUAGGAUAG